CGCUGUCGAGGCGCUUCUGCUGCGCCCCAGCGGCCGGCGGCAGCUGAACGACCUGGUGGCGCUGGAGGAGCGCAUGGGGGCGGCGGUGGCGGUGGACCUCAAGGUGCUGUCCAACGACCUAACGGAAAUGGACGAGAAGGGCCUCAGCCGCGUGUCCAAGUUCCUGGAGUGCUUGCGAGCCCAAGUCCAAGAGCAGCAACAGCAGCAGAAGCGGCCAUCCGGCGGAGCCGGAGGAGGCGCACCGCCGCCCCCACCCCCUGGCCCCCCGCCACCGCCUCCUACUAUUGCUGCCGCCGGUGCUUCUACGGCUAUUGCUACGGCAGGAGGGGCAGCCGGAGGAGGGCCAUCAGCAGCAGCAGGUGUGGGUUUCAGCCGGGGCUCCAGAUUGCCCGGAAGCCAGCAGCAGCCGCAGCACAGGCAGGCGGCUGACCUGCUGAGCGAGUGGACAGAGCUGCUGAACAGGUGGCAGGCGGACUACCGGUGCCUCUCGGAGAACGUCCGGACCGCGUUGGCCUCCGUUCGGGAGGCGGGGCUGAUGCACUGCGAGCUGCGUGCGACGCCAGCAGCAGUCGCGGCCGCCGCAUCCAGUGACCCACGGGUCGCCGCCUCUGCGCCGAAGGAUGUACGGGACUGGCCGUUCACGCAUGGCCGGCCAUUUCUGGACAACUUGAAAAGCUUCUUCGGCAACCUGAAGCAGGCGGUCAUGCGGGUGCGCGGCCUCAUGCAACGGCAUCAACAGGCGCGGCUGGAUGCGGCGAAGCGGCUACUGGACGCCGCCUCAGCCAUGCUCGCCUCCGCCGCAGCGGCGGCUGCGGCGGCAACACAUGCUGACGCUGCCGCCGCUGCCACCACUACUGGCUCAGUGGGCAGCGCACCUGGCCGCCAUCCGCAUCACCACCUCUCCAGACGCUCCCUCCCCGCUUCCUCAUCUACCUUCACCCAACUGCAGCAGCUGCAGGAGGCCUCCACGGGGGGUCAGCAUGGCGUGCAUGGUGAUCGCCGUACACCCCGGUUUCGUCAUACGGCUGACGACGUAGUGUCGGUUACUUCGGUUGCUGCUGCGUCCGGUACGACAACGAACGGUGUGGGGAUGGCUGAACAAGAAGCUGGUCAGCAACGGCAACAAGAGCAGCAGCAGCUGCUUCGAGGGCGGCAGUCGCGCAAAACGCAGCUACAAGGACAGCAGGAGCAAAAGCAAUCUAACCGUUUGUCUUCGGCGGCUUCGUCUCCGUGUUCCUUGCCGUCGGUUGCUUCAGUUGAUCGAACCGCCGAUAACAACAGCAACAUCAGCAACCACCUUAAACGCCAACAAUGUAGCAACAACACCCGCAGCCAUCACUCACAGCAGCAGCAGUCGCAACAGCAGGCCCCGCCGCAACUUCGCAAACAGAAGACCAAAGAUCCCCAACCUCGUGAACUUGCUGACGGUUCCAUUGGCCAGAAAGCGAGAGCCAGUCGGCCUAGUAGCGCUGGCAGCUGUAGCAGCAGCCGCAGCAGCACCGCCGGCAGCAGUAUCCAAAGCCGCCGCCACGAAGCCCCUGCAGGCGAAGGGCCGACGCUUGCCCUGUUCCCGCUACGCUCAUCAUCCACCGCUGCUGCCGCGGCGGCGGCGGCAGCAGCUCCGACGCCUUCCGCUCGAGGACCUGCUGUCGUACAAAGAGCAGCCGCCGCCUCCGCAACCACGACAGACACGGCGGUAGGCAAGCCGGCAACCGCUGGGGCCACAUCUGGAAGAGGCCAGAGGCCGGCUGAAAAGCGACCGACAAGCGGUAGCGCUGGCGAGAAGGAAGGUGGCAGGGGCUGCGGCGAUGGUUAUGUGCGGAGCAAGUGGGAGGCGGCAGCAGCGUCCUUGGCCGCUGAGGCUGCGGCGGUGGCAGCGAAAAGGGGCGGUAACACUGGAGCCGACGGUGGCACAGCCGCAGUCACCACCGCCGGCAUGCGCAGCCGGCGCACUGCUAUCCCCGCCGUGCCUGUUGACCCCAGCGAUAGCGACGGCGACAGUGCAUGCAGCAGCAGCGGCAGCUGCGUAGUGCCCAUGCCUCGAGGUCGCGCGUGUUUUGCGGCUGCGGCUGCGGUUGCGGCCCCCGACGGGCCCUCUCGUUCCUCCUCCGUGACCAGCCGCCUUCUUCCCGACAAUGAGGCCUCCCUAGUCGCCCUGGCGGAGGCCGAGGUUGAGGCAGCGGAGGCGCUGCGGCCGCUGGUGUACGACACUGGAUGGCGGCAGAGGCGUCAGCCGCCACCGCGGCCGCCGCCAGCACAGCAGGGGAUGCGCCAGCAGGAGCGGCCGCGUCGGCACCGCUAUGUCGAUUCGGACGGCUUGGACGAUGACGAGGGUGGUGAGGAUAACCGUCAAGGAGGCGAGGGCUGUUACCGCGAUGAGACAGAGAGUGGCAGCAGCAGGAGCAGCAGGAGCGGUGACGACAACACGGGCGGUGAUGACUCGCUGCUGUCGCCGUCGCAGUCCUCCGCGUCGCCUGCUGCGGGGAGUGUGACCCGUGGGUCACCCCGAGGCGCCGUCGAGGCCGCCAGCGGGACCCGUAUCGCCUCCACUGCGGCCCCAGUUGUCAGUCCCUUCGCCUCGUCUCCAGACCACGAUGCAGGCAACGACCAGACCAGCCACCGCGAGCGCAGGCGAGUGCGGAGGCACUGGCGGGGACCCAUGGGUCGCAGCCAUCGCGGCCAAACUGGCCGUGCGCACGCCAACCACCCUGACGAUGGCGCUGGUGUCAGCAACGGUGCGUUCGGCAGCCGUGACGGCGUUCCACCGCUGCUACAGUCCCUCUGGGAGUCCGAACAGGGUUGCCUGGGGCGCCAGGAGUUCGCUGGGUCCAGCAGAAGAGGAGGCGACCAUGCGGUUUCGGAGCACCGAGCGAAUGACGAGGCGGAGGAUGAGGACGCUAUCUUGGAACGCUGGGGCAUGCCUUUGGAAAGCCCGGAUUACGGCAUUAGCGCAAUUAGCAGCACCAGCCGCGAAGGUGAUGGCGACGAGGAUGCCGCUAGCGACGGCGCCGGAGUUGCAAGCGGUGAUGACACGGAGGCACUUGAGACCGGAACUGCUGACUCUGACCUAGUGCACACAGGAGCCGAGGAGGACGAGGAGGGGCCGCAGCAUGCGGAGGAGGACCAAGACGGGGAGGAGGAAGAAGAGGAGGGCGAGGAGGAGGAGGAAGAGGAUGACGGUGUGGUGGUGCCGCUUCCACCAGUGUUGGUCUUAGAUGCGGAUGUGCUGUGGCAGCUCCCGCGCAAGCUGCGACGAAAGGCCGCAGGUCGCCUGCGGAGGUCGUUACUGCUGACGGCUGGGGACGCGGAAGCUGGGAACGAUGGCGGCGGGGUGGAUGGCACCUGUGCAGAAGUAGUACACGGCGAGGGGUGCGAGGGCAGCAGUUGCUUCAGGAACCCCGCUACAAAUCGCAUCAGCGCUGCAAGGCCGGCAUGCAGCAAUAGCGGCGUUGCUGGCGAUGAAGGGGCUGACAAGGGUUGGACUGGCGGCUUGGGAUUGGAUCCUGCAUCCUCCCUGCAUGCACAUGAGGUGUGCCCGUACGGCGAAGCCGUGGAUGGCGAUGAGGGGGCUGCUGCUGGUGGUGCUGCUGCGGUGUCUGCAGCUGAGGAAGAUCCCCAGCAGCAACGCCAAGACGAGCAACAGCGGCUACAGCACGAGCGCUUACUGCUGCUUCAACAACACCUGCUGGGUUUGGCUCCUCACAGCGACUGGUGGGGCAUUCCCAAGCUCAAGUCCCCGGCUCAGGCGCUGCAUGAGGCGCAGGCGGAGCAGCAGCGGCAACAGCAGCAGCAGCAGACAUGCGGCCUGGUGCUCACCAGCCGCCGCACGUUGCCGCAAGUGCUGCAGCGCACGUCAGAGCUAGGACUGCCGGCACCCAGCGUGAUGGUGACGUCGGCCGGAGCGAUGCUGUGGCGUCGGAGCACCCAGGCCCGCGCGAGUCUGCCGGCCUUGCGUCCAGGCCUUCAUAUCGCUCCAUCCAUGCCCGCCAUACACACCGCCAACUCCAUGUCCGCAUCCUGCAACCUCGCCGACGCAUUUCCUCGCGGCGUUGAGGCGGACGCCAGUGACGGCGCCGGCAGCACAUCCGCCGGUACCCUCCAUGUCGGCGGCAGCUCUGAUGCCGCCGCACCUAGGCCUCCACUGGGCAGCACGGGAGGUAACGGCGGCGGCGGUUUUGCCAGCAGGGGUCGUAGCAGCAGCGGCGGCGGUAACAGAGGGCUGUUUCGGAGCCUUAGCUGGGCGGCGUCGGAGGCGGCCGCCGCCGCAGCGGCGGCAGCUGUGCCGUACCCUUGCCAUGUCCGGUCUUCAGACGUGGCUAGCACUCAAGCCGGUGGCGGUGGGGAGCUGCGGCGCCGUGGGAGCAGCAGCUGCGGCGGCGCCGCUGACGGCAGCGGCAGUAGCCGCUGCAGCGGCGGCUGGACUUCUAGGAACCCUGGUUACGGCUGCAGCGGCGGCGGGAGCGGUGCUUAUCGCAGGAACACGUACGGUGGCAGCGGUAGCGAGGGGGGCGUCGGGAACGGCGGCAGCGCUGGCGGCUAUGGUUGCAAUAUCAGCGGCGCGGCUCUCCACGGUGACGGUGGCAAGGGGUCAUACAUGGAUGCUGACGACAGUCUUUGGGUAUGGGAGGCGGAACCCCGCUGGCACUCGCACGUGCAGCGGCCCUCCAGCAUCAUCCGGGGAUCUGCGGAGUGCCGGGCGCCCGAGUUCAACGAUGAGGUUCGGUUCGCGGUGGAGGCGGCUUCCUUGCGGUUGCCGCCCGGGUCGCUGGGCCCGAUGACCGCCUCGCCGUACCACCUGGCCCUGGCUGUACGGCAGCAGCACCUGCCGGCCUUCCGACAGCUCGUGGAGCAGGAGAUUCGCCGGUUGCCCGUUACGGUGCACAUCGACACGGAGGAAGUGGAGACACCCGACUUCACCUCCCCCACACGCUCACAGCCGCACCACCACCAGCAGCAGGGACCGCUGCAGCAGUUGUUGAAGCAGCAGCAGAAAUGUCACCAUGAAUCCCUGGCGGAGGAGGAGGAGGGGCAGGAUGCGGACUCGAUGCAGAGGCGGCAGAAGGAGCAGCAGCAGCAGCACCAUGCUCUCCGCAGGCUCCAGUCGGCUAGGCAGAGAUCUCAGCGGCAGCGCUCAAUGUUCCUGCAGCCGCUCGAGGAACAGCAGCAACAGCAGCACCCGCAAAAGCAGCCUCGUCGGCACUCCAUGUUGUCCCGCUCAGCCUCCUUGCCGCGCUCUGCCGCAAACGGCACUAUAGGAGCAGCAACGGCAGCAGCCACGGCGGCAGGCUCUGCAAGAACGACAGGGACGGCGGCUGCAGCGCAAACCUCGUCCUUCUCACCCUCGUCACCGUCUCAGCAGCAGGGUCCUUGGGUUCGCGUGCAUUUUGUUCCUCAGCAUGCGGCUGCUCCGAUGGCAGCCAGGUACGCCCUGCACAACAUCAUGGGUGUGGGUGACCCGCGGGUCGCGCCGACGGUGACGACGGUGGAGGAGCUACGGCAGUUGCUGAAGUUGUAGGCUGUGGACAACAUGUCAAGCGGUUACUGAGAUGGCGUGGCCUGAGAGAAGUUGUCGUGGCGUAGGUAGGAAGGAACGGUAUCCGUAAUGCUAGGAGCCAGGUGUUUCAAGAUCAGUUCGAGUGUUUUACUGCCGUACAGGUUAUGAGCUUCAGCCAACUAUACAUCAAUUACAGUGCAGACGUUCUUUGUUUACCCAGGGCACCUUUUACCAAAUGUUACCAACGUUUUGUAGUUGCAAUCUUUCGUAGGAUCAUGGCAGGUUAGGGUCGGUGAUAAAAAGGAAAGGCAGACUUCUAAUCAAUUGCUCGGACGAUUUCCUUAGACAUGUACUAAACAGGUGUUUUUUGUACCACACUUAAACAAACGCUUCCUGCCAGACAAGUGUGUCCUACCAGCUUACAGUGCUUGCAGUUCGGUUUGUUGCAUUGGUAUGAAGGAAUGGCAUGACCCCAAAGAGUCAAAGAGUCUUGGGUCAGUGAUAGUGAGCCAACUGCAUUGCUGGCAUGGGUUUCAGCCGUGGGUGCUCUUGUCUUCAUACCAUGUUAUUGGGGACCGAAUGGCGUUUCAUUCGUACUUUAGGCUUGGCAGUUGCUGGCACGGUGUGCUGCCUGCAUUGUUUUGGCCUGACUCUUAGCCCGCUCAUGGCCUCUGUGGGUAGUGGUGAAAUAGUAUUGUAGUGGGAUUGUUGCUAUACCAGUACACGUCUCUGAUGUUGUCUAUCCGUUGUGAAGGCUCGAGUUGAUCUGUAGGUAGGGUGUAGGGACCGAGAUAUGUAGGGUGUAGGGGCCGUUGCACGUUCCCUAGUAUGUAGCUCAGCAAUGCAUUCGGUACGGCAGCUUGUGCCAUCCGAAAUAGAUUGAUGGUGCGGUAGUACAGCUUCGGGGUGAUGUGAGGAUGCAAGUAGUAAGGUACAAUGCGAGGUGACCGUGUCAGUUUCAGGACAGUGCUUUAACUUGGUUACAGUGCAGUGGUGAAAUAGGUAUAGGGUCCGUUGGAUUUUGCUUUGCCAAAUUGCAACGGAAAUGUCCAUACUCUUGAUCGCUGCCUGUGUUUUGAAGAUAGGCGUACGGCAAACAAGAGUCAGGUACUGACGUCGACAGAAGUUCAAACACGGAAGAGUGGCUGGUAGCUGGCCCUAUCAGCUGGCCAGGAGCUUGUUAUGCCUGCUGGUCCAGCUUGGAAUUAACGUGAUUGUAUUUCAAGUUGUGCCUCGUGAGCGGGGAAAACAUUGCAACCGGUAUUGAACAUGGCGCAUGUGGGCAGUGUGCAAAUUUUGAUGGUGAUAGUGUUACCCAGUUGGAAAUCUAAACCCGGCAAUAUUGGAGUCUCAAGCUCCAAUGCUGCUGGGCGGGCGCUAACGAGGUCCUGUUUUCAAUAUGUAACGCUAGUGGUAG